UUCCGAUUGGGGGACUCGCUCUCAGAAGUCAUCUUAUAGCUUUUGCCUUCACGUUCUUUGCUCUUGCUGUACCCGAAAUGGAAGCCCUCUCUUGCUCUGCAUUAACGUUUUCAAGGCCUUCUGAUCUAUCAGGCCACUGUUCUGGUGGGUCUUUUUCUGUCCUUAGGUUAGCUUUACCUUCGGCUUUCUCCAAAUGUCACAGAAGACACCGCAUCGGUGUACCCAAGGCUUCCAUUGCCGUUGAGCAACAGAAUCAGGAGACUAAGGUUGCUCUCAUCAGAAUUGGUACUAGAGGAAGUCCUCUGGCUUUAGCUCAGGCAUAUGAGACCAGAGACAAACUCAUGGCAAUACAUUCAGAUCUAGCUGAAGAGGGUGCUAUCCAGAUUGUAGUAAUCAAAACAACAGGGGAUAAAAUACUAUCACAACCACUUGCAGACAUAGGUGGGAAGGGCCUGUUCACCAAAGAAAUAGAUGAGGCCCUCAUAAACAGUGAAAUUGACAUUGCCGUCCAUUCAAUGAAAGACGUGCCUACAUAUUUACCUGACAAGACUAUCCUUCCAUGCAACCUUCAACGUGAGGAUGUCAGGGAUGCUUUUAUAUCCUUGACUGCAUCGUCAUUAGCUGAUUUGCCUGCUGGAAGUGUUGUUGGCACUGCUUCCCUCAGAAGAAAGUCACAGAUACUCCAUCGAUAUCCAUCCCUAAGUGUGCAGGAAAAUUUCCGUGGCAAUGUCCAAACAAGAUUAAGAAAACUCAGUGAGGGGGUUGUCCAGGCUACAUUAUUGGCAUUAGCUGGACUCAAACGCCUAAAUAUGACGGAAAAUGUGACAUCAACCCUAUCAAUUGAUGACAUGCUUCCCGCUGUUGCCCAAGGUGCAAUUGGAAUAGCUUGUAGAAGUGAUGAUGAUAAAAUGGCAGAAUACCUUGCGUCAUUAAAUCAUGAAGAAACAAGACUGGCAGUUGCAUGUGAAAGGGCCUUCCUUGAGACCCUGGAUGGGUCUUGCCGUACUCCCAUUGCUGGAUAUGCUUGCAGAAAUAAGGAUGGUGAUUGUUUAUUUAGAGGAUUAGUUGCUUCUCCUGAUGGAACUCGCGUUCUUGAGACGUCAAGGACGGGUCCAUAUGCUUUUGAAGAUAUGGUGAAGAUGGGCAAGGAUGCUGGGCAGGAACUUCUUUCUCGGGCUGGUCCUGGCUUUUUCAGUAGUUAACCCCUUGGAUUAAACGAUGACCAAAUACAGAGAUUUCUAUGUCAGUUUUAGGUAAUUGCAUGCCAAGUUAAUUCAUUCUUUGACCUGUUGUAACUUAAGAAAAUGAUUGUGUUCAGUUGAGUGCAAAAGUGAACCGCUCAGAAGGUUCCCCCCUUUUUUGGGUUAUUCCACGAAUAGGUUCAAACUGUUGUACCUUUAGGAGAUUGGAAAUCCAAAUUUUGUAAUGUGAAUAAUUAUCUUCUGCCUAUAUAUUAUUCAGUCAAGUAUCAAACUUGAGAUUAUUCUAAG